AUGGUUUUAAUCUCAGCAGGACGGAAAUGGAGAGAAUUCAAAAGUCAUUUGACUACCCGCUACAUUCUCCCUUAUAGGGAUAACCUUGAAAUGAUUGAGUCUCGUCCAGAGGACUAUCUUUUCAUUAAUCAACGGGAUUGGGAGAUUUUUGUAAAGGAUAGGUUGUCUGACACAUUCCUGGAAUUGCAUGAGAAACAGAAAAAAAAAAGGGCCUUAAAUAAGUAUCCUCAUCGGAUGUCACGUAAAGGAUACGCUGGAUUGGAGGAAGAACUGUCUGGAUGUAUGAGUGACUCUGAACUUGAUCGUGCAACGAUGUGGAUUAAGGCACGUCAGGACAAGAAUGGUGGGUUUAAAGAUCCUUUGGUAGAGGAGAAGGCCAAAAAAAUUGCUGCUUUGAAGAAAAAGGAGGUUGAGGGAGAGUUAAGCACUUCGGGUGCAGAUGAUGUGUUAACCUUAGCAUUAGGAAAUCCUGAAAAUACUGGAGUAGUAAGAGGAGUGGGAGGUUGUGUGAGGAAAUCUACAUAUUUUAACCUCCCAAAACGUCAAAAGCAAAGUGUUGAACAGACUGUUAGGUUAAGUGUUCAGAAGAUAAUGGAACAAGAGAGGGAGAAGAUAUUAGCAGAAGAACGAGCAAUUUGGGAGGAGAGAUUUAGGAGGUUACUAGAGAAGGUUGGUGCGAGUGCUUUGCAAACUGAGUCCCCCAAAGUUUCCACCCUUGACAAGCAAGUGGGUUCUGGACAAGGAAGUUGUUCAAAUUUGCAAGAGAAAAAUGUUGUGGGAACUGAAAAACUGAUUUCUGCCACUGUUAAGAAGUCUUUGGAUUUAGAACAUCUUCAGGAGCCAUCAAAAGAAUCUUUGGAAUUAAAACUUCCUCUUCAGGAGCCAGUAAAAGAUGUGAAUCCCAUUAGUGGAGUGGAGUUGAAUGCUACUGUGAAAGAUGUCAAAAAUAGUCAGGUGGUUGUUGAUCUGGAAAUCCAGAAGGGUUCAAUUCAGGCACAAACAAUUGGGAAAGAGUGCCGAUUGGCUACAGGUUCAAUCGAUAAUGUUGUAGCAAUUGCAACAAUUACAGAAGUCAAUGGUGAAAACAAUAGCCAGCUUAUCCAUGGUGUUCCAUUGGGCAAGGGAAACAGGCGUGUGUCAAUUGUCACUUCUCUAGUGGAUGAAGCUAAGCUUCCAUUUCCGAUUAAAGAUGAAAUAGUGACUGUUCGAGAUGCUAUCGGGACUUAUGUGGCCUGGCCGGAAAACCUUAUAAUUUUUCAAUGCGAGUCUAAGACGACAGCAAAGAGUAAAGGAUUGAAGAAGAGAAAAAGGGCAGAUGAAGAUGAUGAUGAAGAGGAAGAUAUAGACACUGCAUCACUGCCACCAACUACUCCUGCAUCUCUUAUUGCGGAAGUAUCGGGCAGCUGCAUAGGCAUCUAUAUUCGGUAA